AUGAUGAAUAAAAUUUCAAAGGAAAUUUAUAAAACCGAUAAGUUUAAUAUUUAUUCAAGCCAUGAUUAUGAUGACUGCGGUGUUAUUUUGGGUUAUUGGGAUCAAGAGAAAACACCAGAAAUUGUUCAAGAUUUAGAAAACUCAAUACGUUCAGUUGAAAAAAAAUGUAAAAAAUUAUUUUUAGAAUUAAUUUAUUAUCAAUAUUAUCAUCAAGAUUGUAAUAAUAAUAAUAAUAGUAAUCCUUCAACGCCCAAUUCUUCUUUAAUGGUGAAUGAAUUAAAAAAUUAUAAACUUGAAACUUCAAGCGUUCCAGAAUUGACGAAAUUAUGGAAAAUAAAUAAAAAAUUAAAAGGACUCUCUUCUAAAAUCGGUAUAGAUGAUAAAAUAAUUCUUUUUCACACAAACGAAUACGUUCGAAAAUUAAGAGAAAAAGCUAUUGGAAAUAUUGAAAAAUAUUUGCCCAAAUUAAAAAAAACAUUUUUAAAAACUUACGCCAAACAUAAAGUAAUACAAUCGGAUACCGUUUUAACAACGCCGGAGGAAAACGUAGAAUAUUCUAAAAUAUCUAAAAGCGAAUAUAAUUUUUAUAAAAGUGCAUCGAAAAAAAAAUUUAAACCUUUGAAAAAAAAUUUAAGAAAAAAAGGAAUAAUGUCUCCGGAACGUAAUACGAAUCAAUGCAAACGUAAAAAUUAUCCGUCGAAAAAUAAAUCGAAUAAAAGAAUUUGGUGUGCUGAUGGAAAAGAUGAAAAAAAAAACAAAACAUCUUCUCAUUCUUUUUGUAAAAAUGAAAUUUUAAAUAAUCAUGCAAACAAAUCCAAAAAUGAUCACUCAAUGAAUAAAUUGAAUUCUAAUUUUAUUGUAACAACAUAUCCAUGGAGCCCGAAAGAAAGCAUCGGUUCAAUUAUUGAAUAUGGCGUCGAUAAGAAUUUAGACGAUGUGAAAAAUGAUGAUAAAAUUAAUUGUUGUUUAACGUCCAAAGAAUAUAAAACCAACGAUGAUUUAAUACAAAAAAAAUUGAUCGAUGACGAAAAAAACAUAUGGAUGCCGACAAAAGUAAAUUUGACUCCCGAUAAAAGAUGUCGUUCAAAAUAUACAAAAACAAUUUCCGAUAAAUCGAAAACAGCGACCACCAUAAUGAUAUCGCAAAGUCGUAAAAAUAAUUAUUUUGAAAUUCCAAAUAUAAAUUUAUUGGCUGAAGCAAGUGGAGAUAAUUCAAAAAGCACGGAAGAUAAGAAAGUAAGAACAAAAUGGGAAAAAUUGGUCAAUGAAUAUUCAGAAUUGUAUAGUUAUUAUUCUGGAUUGAAAGAAAGUGCCAUUAAUGACAAAACUAUAAGUCCGACAAAAUUAAAACAAAUUGUUAAAGAAAUUGAUGAAGUUAUUGAAAACUAUCAAAAUUUUUUAAGAGUGUAUUACAGAUUUUUACAGCUCAAGAGUAAAGUAAAAUCGUUAAAACCCGUUGGACAACACACGUCGAUAUUUGAAAAAUCUCAUUUUAUUUGUUCAUCGAGCAUACGUAAAAAUUAUAAUGAGAAAAAAAAAGAAAAUAAUUCUGUCGUUUUGAAAGAAACAUUUAAUCAAGUAUUAAGUGUUGGACCGACAGAACUAUCUCACACUGAAAGUGACAGUGCAAUGUUAUUAAAUUGUUGGGAAAAAACUUCUCCAUUGAUAAAAGGCAUUUUGCUCGCACAUAAAAAAAUUUUUUUGUUUAAAUGUGCUUACAUCGACAUUUUUAUUUUAGAAUUGGAGAGAACCGUUAAUUUUGCCGAAAGAAAAUGUGGAGAUUUAAUGCAAAAACUCAAUUACUACAAAGAAUAUUAUGAAAAAUGGGUAAAUGCUGAACGUUUGGGCAAAAAUAUGCAUCUUAGGAAAAAGAAUAAAAAGUAUUGUAGGCACGAAAACGAAGACGAAAGUUCUUCAGAAAAUGAAUUUGAAAAAGUCAAUAGAUAUUUUUAUAAAAAAAUUCGAAGUAAAAUAAAUGAAAUGAAUCAUGAAAUAACAAUAGCCAAUAGAAAAUUACAAAAUCACAAUAACAAAGAUGAUGAAACGGCAGAAAAUGAAUCAAAAAUUAAAAUGGCUUUAACUCCUAAAAAAGAAAAUAAAGGUGAACAGGUUGUUAAUGGCGAAAAUAAAACGUGCGAAUCUGAAUCUUUUGUUUCCGUUAAAAAACAAGAAUCUUUACCAUCGGAAACGGUAAUCAAAGAUUGUUUGGAUGAUUUCAAAUUGAGCGAAAGACAAUCGACAAAAAGCGUUCCAGUUGAAAAUUUAAGAUCGAGAAAAAAAGAAUUAAAUCCUCAAAUGAAAAGAGGUUUUUCAACUUUACAAAGGUAUAAAUUAAGAUCGAAAUCUUUACCACAAGGAGUAAGAAGAAAAUUUGGUUUCGGAGGAUUUAUCGAAGUUUUUGACUCGAAAGUUGGCCGACUUAGUAAUAACCCAUCAAAAUCAAAAACAUCUUUGAAAGCGAACAGCAUAAGAAGUUUUAAAACCUUCAAAAGUGAAGGACAAGGUAGAUUAGACUUCAUGGAUCAUAAAAAUACUUUAUUGAGGAGGAAAACUAUAUCAAAGAGUGCUAGAAGUUUGCAACAGAGAAUGUCAAAAUCAAAAAUUGAUUUUAAAUCAAAUGGCGUACGCCGAGAAAAUUUUUUUUCUAAAAAUAUCAAAUCCGAACCCAACUUUUCGGAAAAUUUCAGAAUGACGAUUAAAAACUCGAAUGUUAACAAUUUAAACAAUAAACCGAGUAUUAAUUCUUGCAAAGCCAUCGUUCCUUCGGAAAAUAUAAUGAAAAAUUCUUUUCAACCUAAAAUGAAUUCUCAUUUGGGCAACAUAUCCAAUUUGAUAUCUAAACCGAAUACUUUGAUACCAUUUUUAAAACAACCGAUACCAUUUAUACCUUGCUCAUCCACUACUAAAACAUUUAAUUUGGGUUUAAACGUACAGCAAGUUUUAUCCCUGAUUAAAAAUAAAAAACAUUCAAUUUCUUUGGAAACCCUCGUUAGAAACGGUAUGAAAGCAACAAGAUCAAUAUCGAACAAAAUUGAACCCACGGUGAAUACACUAUUUUUCAGUCACAGUCAAGUAACAUCAUCAUCUGUUUGUCCUGCACAAACAUGCAUCGAGGAUUCUUUUUCGGUUGUAACAAGUGACGUGGGUUAUCAUUCGAAUUGUUCACUAUUGAAAAGAACUCAAGCACUCAGAUCCGAAACGGAUGAUAAUAAAAAAAUUAAUUACCAUCACGAAAGGAGCGAAACGAAAAUCAAUGAAGAAAUUGAAAUAAAUAAAAUCGAACGUCCCGAAGAUGUUUGGGUCGUCGAACAACCGGACGGUUAUUGUAAUCUUAAAAAAACCCGUUCGAAAUGCACUUGUUAUCCUUCUAAAAAUUGCGUGGAUUAUCAAAAGGUUUUGAGAGAAUAUACAACUUGGGCAAGUCCGGAUACCAAGUCAACAACAUCUUUCACCUCUGAUUGUUUUUCUUCAUAUAAUUCGACAAUAACUUAUAGAAAGCCAAAACUUUGUACGAUACCAUCGGGAGAAAAAAUCGGAUUGGGUAUGCAGGAAAAUGGAAAAAUUGAAAUUAAUAAAAUUCAAAAAGGAUUGAUAACACAAAAAAAUUUAGACGUUUGUGAAGCGAGUGCAGAAAUUGAUUCAAUUGAAUCAGAAUUGUCAUUAAAAGAAAUGGAAUUUAAAAAUAUAUUAAAUUUUUAUCAGGAGUUAUUGCUUUUAAAAGAUAAAAUAAAAACGUUAAGAAAUAAAAAUAUAAAUUCUUCAAGUCAGUCUACAAUACAACAACAAGGUCGUAAUCAAAAAAUUAAAAAAGAUCCAUUACGACCUACCCCAUCAAUGGCAUUGGCAAACGUUUUGCGAAAAAUUCAAGGUCUUCAAGAUAAAAUAAAAUUAAUUGAUAAGCCGUAA